CUUUGUGGUGGAGCUGCUGGUCGGCGACCGCCGGACCGGACCGCCGCCUGCCGCACAGUGAGCGACAAGUUGUUGCGACUGACGGUCAGUCAGUCAGGGACGCAGUCAGCUGUUGAGAGACGACACUAGAGGCGACGGCCCUUUCCCGCACGAGUAGUCGUGACUGAUCACCCCGGACGCAGCCAGCUGUGAGGAAAGGACCUCCACCGCCCGCAACCCGCCGCACCCUAACCACCUCCAGGCUCUCUCUCCUCCCUCUCGACCCAGGCAGGAUGCCGUUGGCGUUGAGCGCCGCGCUGCGGCUGGCCAGGCGGGUACCCAUAGCGGCCGCGCCGCUGACGACCGCCUCCAGCAGGACGCACUACAGGGAGCGGGGCAGGAGCAGGCAGCAGGAGCAGCAGCAGGAGCAGCAGCAGGAGCAGCAGCGAACGUGCGGGUGCGGCCGGGGCGCUGUUGCCCUGGGGCUCACCGUCGCCACGCUCUCGCAGCUCCCCCAGCAGCGCGACGAGCCGGACGGGCCCGCCGCCGCGGCCGCCCUGACCGCCGUCGAGCCCGACGACCACGUCCUGGACCUGGUGGACCAGCUGAGCGCCUGGGAGCGCAUCGACGAGGCGAAGAAGGCCCUCCGGACGUUCAAGGGGAGCCGUCACCCGGAAGUCCUCUGGCGGGAGGGCCGCAUCCGGUACCUCCAGGCGGAGCGGCUCAAGACUUCCGGUCAGCAGAAGGCGCUGCACGACCGCCUCGUGGCCGAGGGCUACGCGGCGGUGCAGCUGGCGCUGCAGCUGGACCCGAGCUGCGGCCGCGCCCACCAGUGGAUGUCCAUCCUGCGCCACGCGUACGCCGAGGUGCGCGGCCCGCUGCACAGGCUGCGCUGCGUGGACCACAUCCGGGAGGACAUGGAGCGCGCCGUGCAGCUCCUGCCCCACGACGGCGCCCCCCGCACCAUGCUGGGCAUGUGGUUCUACGAGGUGUCGCAGCUCAACUGGUUCGAGCGACAGGCGGUAAAGGCUGGCGGGCAGACGGUGCCCGCCCCGAGCGAGGGCCUGCGGCAGGCGCUGCACUGGCUGCUCGAGGCUGACGCGCUCUACAACUCCUGCCUCAACGACCUGAUGCUGGGGAAGACCCUGCUGGCCAUGAGCGACCCCGAGCGCGCCCGCACCUACGUGGAGCGGGCAGCGCGUCGCGCGCCCCGGGAGCAGUCUGACGUGAAGGCGCAGCUGGAGGCGACGCAGCUCCUGCAGACGUGGAGCGACUGAUGGCACUUCACUCCCGCUCGGGGAGGCGCACGAAUCCCGCGGCCGACUAAAUCACCGGAACCAACAUGCUGAGCACCGGAACCAACAUGCUGAGCGACAGUUAUGUAGUGUAAAUGGGGAAUAGCUUUAAUUUCAAUGGAAUAAAUGCGCAGUAUUUUCUUUUACUUCCGAUCGUCCGUUCUUUAACUAUUUUUAUCUGUAAGCAGAUUAUUUCUGUCUUGUCUUGUCUCUGAUAGACUGAUAUUGUAAUAUUUGUUAGCUUAUUCUUAAUACGUAAUAAAAUAAAAACAAAAACAUCA